AUGGGGAUCCAGUACGCGAUGGGCAUAGCCCUUCUGGAUUACUUCAUUCGGAUGGCACUUACCCAGAGUUCCCUGUGGAAUUCCGACUCCGCGAUGGAGAACGUUAUGGAUGGUGGACUACACAUCAACCAGGGAAGGACUAGCGUAGCUCAAGCUCAAUCGACAAAAUCAAGUCUAGGUGUGGUAUUCCUACUCAGAUCACGGCGAGUGCAGAAGUCAAGAUCACACUGGGAUCCUGGAUGGUCUAAAUCAAGGGAAUUCUGGGUGGCCAACACUGGUGAAGGAUUCCUGGGUAGCCUAAAUUACUACCACAAAUUCAUCGAAGAUUAUCCCGUGAUCGCAGCCUCCCUGUAUGAACGCUCGGACGACCAAAGAUUUGUCCUGAACAAAGCAGUCGUUGUAUUCCUGAAGCGCAAGAUCGUGGCGACCCCUGUAUUGCGGCACCCUGAUAGGUCCAAGCCGUUCGUCAUCAUACCCCAUGCAAACCCAUGGGCUGCCUGUGCAGUCAUGGGUCAGGAACACGGAGGAUAG